AUGGGCGGCCGUAACGGCACGCCGCUUAGGCUGGUGUCGCCUGGUGGAGUGCUUGCGCCGCGCCAGUACCCGCCGGCCCCAGCACACGCGCCCGCUACUCCGGCACCGCCGCAACCGCAACAGCAGCAGCAGCAGCCCCAACCCGGCGGCGCUGUGGGUGCGCGGCGGGACUCGCUGGAAUUUGGCGGUGGCCCGGCGGGUGCACUCCAGGAGUACGCCCGGAAGUGGGGACCCUCUCCUCUGUCGCCGCCGCUCGGGGCCGCCUUAGGUCCGGUAGGCCUUAGGACCGUCUCUGCUGCGCCCGGCGCUGAAAACGCCAAAUACAGAGCCGUCAGCAGUUUAGCACAAGGUUUAACGUCAAAUGGUGGCAUGUUUGGCUCAUCAUCUUCGCUAUUGAGUAAACUGAGUGGCGUCGGAACUAUCUCAGAGCUAGUGGGAGGCGGAGUAGGCGUGGGGGUAGGAGUGGGUGUAGGAUCAGUGGGGGCUCUGGUGGGUGAGAAGCCGGCAGCCGGAAGGUCUCGUCUGCUUGAAGACUUCCGCAACAACCGCAUUCCCAACUUACAGCUGCGGGAGUUGGCCAACCACAUCGUGGAGUUCUCGCAGGAUCAGCACGGAUCCAGAUUUAUCCAGCAAAAGUUAGAAAGGGCCACUGUACAAGAGAAACAAAUGGUAUUCAAUGAAAUUAUUGGAGCAGCAUACAGUUUAAUGACCGAUGUUUUCGGAAACUAUGUGAUACAGAAGUUCUUUGAGUUUGGAACGCCUGAGCAGAAAACGACACUAGCGCAAAAAGUGCGCGGUCACGUGUUGGCACUGGCACUGCAGAUGUACGGGUGCCGCGUCAUCCAAAAGGCGCUCGAGUCCAUCCCGCCCGAACAGCAGCAGGAGGUAGUACGCGAAUUAGACGGACACGUACUCAAGUGUGUCAAGGAUCAGAAUGGGAAUCAUGUGGUGCAAAAGUGUAUAGAGUGCGUGGAACCCGUCGCGCUGCAGUUCAUAAUAAACGCAUUCGCGGGUCAAGUGUACGCUCUGUCGACGCACCCCUACGGCUGUCGUGUUAUUCAGCGCAUCCUGGAGCACUGCACGGCCGAACAGACGGCGCCAGUGCUGGCCGAGCUGCACGCGCACACGGACCAGCUCAUCCAAGACCAGUACGGCAACUACGUCGUGCAACACGUGCUCGAGCACGGCGCGACCGACGAUCGCGCGCGCCUCGUGGCCGCCGUCAGGGGCAAGGUGUUGCAGCUCUCGCAGCACAAGUUCGCUUCCAACGUGGUCGAAAAGUGCGUCUCGCACGCCACGCGCAACGAGCGCGCGCUGCUCAUCGACGAGUUGUGCGGCUUCAACGACAACGCCCUGCACAUGAUGAUGAAGGACCAGUACGCCAACUACGUGGUGCAGAAGAUGAUCGACGUGGCCGAGCCCACGCAGCGCAAAGUGCUCAUGCACAAGAUCCGGCCGCACAUCGGCUCGCUGCGCAAGUACACGUACGGCAAGCACAUCAUCGCCAAACUCGAGAAGUUCUUCCUGAAGGCGCCAGAGCUGGGGCCCAUCGGCCCGCCGCAGCCCAACCCCGGCUUGUAG